AUGGAGAGUAAGACCGCCAAUGACGAGUAUUGGCCAUCAUGGCUGGACAAGAGCUUCAUCGUGAACGCGCUGAAGAACGACGAUCCCGAUACAGACGAGUCCAAAGUCGAGGUAGUUCUGAGGGAAAAAGUGGAGGGGGGCUACCUAAGCGAGACCUUCCGAGUGGUCGUGCGGUCAGAUAGCGGCAGUAGAGCUGCUUCGGAGACGUCACUGAUCGUGAAGUCCGCGCCGAACGUGGGCGGCACGAUCCAGGACUUGAUAAACAGUGGCUUGUACACCAAAGAAGAGGUUGCCUACGGCCAGUUCCUCCCCGCAGUGAACUCAGUGCUGAAGAAGGCCGAAGGCUCCAAGUGGCAGACGCUGGGACCCAAACUCUACGCGCUGGGGUCGCAGCCCGUCAGUUUCUUGGUCAUGGAGGACAUGGACGCUGCGGGUUUCCGCAAAGAAAAGAUAGGCUCGGACCUGAACUUGUCACAGUGUCGAACCGUUAUGCACAGCAUCGCCAGGAUGCACGGCGCCUCGCUUAAGGUGCUCAAUGACUGGCAGUACGCCAGCAAGGUCUUCAGGCAGUCACUCAUCUUCAACGACAUGAUGCUUCAGCACCAAGAGAAGGGAGAAGAGAACUUCAGCAGGUUUUUACAGGCCUUGGACAACUACUCGUGGUUCCACAAAUACACCGACAAGAUCCGCGCCUUCACUAGCAACUUAUACGAGAAGUUAGUCGAGUUGGUUAAACAGUGUCACGUCGACUUCAAGGUCAUGUUGCACGGUGACCUACACAAGAACAAUAUGGUGUUCCGUGCCGUAGGGGACGACAUGCAAGUGCGCUUUUUUGACUUUCAGGGCCUGCACAUCGGGUCUCCAGCGGAGGACUUGCAUUACUUUUUGCACACGAGCGCCAGCCCGGAGGUGCUGCAGCAGCACACGGACCUGCUGCUGUCCGAAUACCACAGCACGCUGCAGCACACGCUGCGAGCCCUGGGGCUGCAGCAGCAGGCGGACGCCUACCCGCUGGAGCAGCUGCGCCGGGACAUGGACCACUUCGCGCUGAUCGCUGUCUUCGUCACUUUCGGCGUGCUGCCAUUUAUUGUCUGCACGAACCAAAACGAUGUACCUACAGACAUUACAGCUGAAGAUUACGACGAAAGGCUCGAGAGAUUUCGUCAGAAGACCUGCAAGAAUAAGAAAUUUCUAAAACAUGUUGAAUACCUCGUUCGUACUUUCGACUCCAGGGGACUUUUAGAGACACAAGUUGCAUGA